UUCUCAACGUUGGCUGAAGAGCCCAAUUCUGAAGCGAAGCCCUGAUAUCACCAAAUCGCCACUGACCAAGUCAGAGCAGCUUCUGAGGAUAGACGACCAUGAUUUCAGCAUGCGGCCCGGCUUUGGAGGUCCGGCCAUUCCCGUUGGUGUGGACGUACAGGUGGAGAGCCUGGACAGCAUCUCAGAGGUCGACAUGGACUUCACGAUGACCCUGUACCUGAGGCACUACUGGAAGGACGAGAGGCUGUCCUUCCCGAGCACCAACAACCUCAGCAUGACGUUCGACGGCCGGCUAGUGAAGAAGAUCUGGGUCCCCGACAUGUUUUUCGUGCACUCCAAGCGCUCCUUCAUCCACGACACCACCACGGACAACGUCAUGCUGCGGGUCCAGCCGGACGGGAAGGUGCUCUACAGCCUCCGGGUUACAGUGACUGCAAUGUGCAACAUGGACUUCAGCCGAUUUCCCCUGGACACACAAACGUGCUCCCUUGAAAUUGAAAGCUAUGCCUACACGGAGGAUGACCUCAUGCUGUACUGGAAAAAAGGCAACGACUCCUUAAAGACGGAUGAGCGCAUCUCGCUCUCCCAGGGUCAUGUGCGGGAGCUGAGUAGCUGUGGCGUGUGCGAUCUUUUCUUCCCGUGUCCCCCAGGCUGGUACAACCGUCUGUACAUUAACUUCACGUUGCGACGCCAUAUCUUCUUCUUCUUGCUCCAAACUUACUUUCCUGCCACCCUGAUGGUCAUGCUGUCCUGGGUGUCCUUCUGGAUCGACCGCAGAGCUGUGCCUGCCAGAGUCCCUUUAGGUAUCACCACCGUGCUGACCAUGUCCACCAUCAUCACGGGCGUGAACGCCUCCAUGCCCCGCGUCUCCUACAUCAAGGCGGUGGACAUCUACCUCUGGGUCAGCUUCGUGUUCGUGUUCCUGUCGGUGCUGGAGUACGCCGCCGUCAACUACCUGACCACCGUGCAGGAGCGCAAGGAGCGCAAGCUGCGCGAGAAGCUUCCCUGCACCUGUGGACUACCCCAGGCUCGCGGGGUCAUGCUGGAUGGCAGCUACAGCGACGGGGACGUUAAUGACCUGGGCAACUACACACCAGAGAACGGAGAGAAGCCGGACAAGAUGAUGGUGCAGCUGACCUUGGCCUCGGAGAGGAGCUCCCCGCAGAGGGAAAGUCAGAGGGGCAGCCACGUGAGCGUGAGGAUUGACACCCAUGCCAUUGAUAAAUACUCCAGGAUGAUUUUUCCAGCGGCGUACAUUUUAUUCAAUUUAAUAUACUGGUCUAUUUUCUCAUAAAUGCCUGUUAACUCUAUAAAUUUCAUUCUUCUGUAUGUACCACAGAAAUACCUGUGUGAUGGACGUAAUUCAAGGUUAUGAUGCAAUUGAAGUUCCCACUACCCAU